UUCCAUUACAGCCUGUGUUUGAAAACGUAACAAGCUGUAGGAUAAAUACCAGAGUUUACUCGUAUGUAACCUUUGUUUUAUAGGUUUUUUAAAGUUUUUUUUUUGUCUCACGGGAGUUUCUUUGUUGAACGCAUUUGCAGAACUGUAUUUUCAGAGCGCCGGUUGCUUUCGUCGUGUUAUUUCGUGUUGAAGCGGAGCUUCAGCUGAAAUCAGCCCUCAGACCCGAUGCUCUCCCCAGGCAGGACCAUCUCCUCUCGGCUGCUGAGGCCGGCCUUAUGGCUUCCUUUCCGGCUGUGCCCUGAGCGGACAGCCACCAGCUCCAGGCCGAAAGAGCUGAUCAAGAAGCACGAGUUGGAGAAAGAUGAGCUCCGGCCUCUUUACAUGGACUUCCAGGCCACCACGCCUAUGGACCCUCGUGUGCUGGAUGCCAUGUUGCCAUACCAGGUGAAUUACUAUGGCAACCCUCACUCCAGGACUCAUGCCUAUGGUUGGGAGAGCGAGACUGCCAUGGAGACCGCCAGAAAGCAGGUGGCGGAUCUUAUCGGAGCCGAUCCCAGAGAAAUCAUCUUCACCAGCGGAGCCACCGAGUCCAACAACAUGGCCAUCAAGGGCGUGGCCAGGUUCUACCAGGCCAAGAAGCGUCAUGUGAUCACCACCCAGACUGAACAUAAAUGUGUUUUGGACUCAUGUCGGAUUCUGGAGGCUGAGGGAUUCAGCGUCUCCUACCUGCCUGUCCAGAAGAAUGGACUGCUGGACCUGAAGCUGCUGGAGGACUCCAUCAGCGCAGACACCUCAUUGGUGUCCGUGAUGACCAUCAACAACGAGAUCGGAGUCAAGCAGCCCAUCGAGGAAAUCGGUCAGAUUUGUCGAUCCAAAGGAGUCUUCUUCCACACUGAUGCUGCCCAGGCUGUUGGAAAGAUUCCCCUCAAUGUCUCUGACUGCAAAGUUGACCUGAUGUCCAUUAGUGGUCACAAGAUCUACGGACCCAAAGGUGUGGGUGCUUUGUAUGUGCGACGACGACCUCGGGUUCGUUUGGAGCCGCUGCAGAACGGAGGCGGGCAGGAGAGGGGCCUUCGCUCCGGUACGGUGCCGACCCCGCUGGCCGUCGGGCUGGGCGCAGCCUGCAGCAUUGCUCAGAAGGAGAUGGAGUAUGAUGAACAGAGAGUGACUAUGCUGGCUAACCGUCUGGUCCAGAAGAUCAUGUCUGAGGUUCCUGAUGUUUUCUUGAAUGGAGACCAUGAACAGCGCUACCCUGGGUGCAUUAACCUGUCCUUUGCCUACGUGGAAGGCGAAAGUCUGUUGAUGGCCCUGAAGGAUGUUGCUCUAUCAUCUGGGAGUGCAUGUACAUCAGCUUCUUUAGAGCCGUCUUACGUUCUCAGAGCCAUCGGAGCAGAGGAGGACCUCGCUCACUCUUCCAUCAGGUUUGGCAUUGGCAGGUUCACCACAGAAGAGGAGGUUGAUUACACAGCGGAGAAAUGCAUUCAGCAGGUUCGCCGACUCAGAGAGAUGAGUCCUCUGUGGGAGAUGGUUCAGGAAGGCAUCGACCUGAAGAGCAUCAAGUGGACGCAGCACUAAACCGCGCCCAUUUCCCCGCCUCCUAUUUAGCUGCCGAAAUACGAUUACAGUUCCUGAGAAAUCCUCAGGAUGGUCCAGCUUUUUCUUCCUCUAAACACGCACAAACUUCCUGUCCGACUUGAAGUCUGUUUGUAGCUGAAGUUCUUUGAUUUCAUGCAAACACACCGAGCUGGUCCCUCAGAGAUGUUAACUAUCCACACUUCAGCCUCAGUUGUUUUCAGCAACAAGGCUUUCACAAAAUGUCAACGCAAUAGGAUCUGAGAUGAAGCUGAAAACAGUCUAAAAAAAUCCUAUGAAUGACAAAGGAAACAACAAUGGAGUAAAAUGGCCAGAAUAUGGUGCCUGUGCCAUUUCUGAGUAAGAUUGACGGAGUGGAACGAACCAUUAUAUCAUUUAGAGCAGUUUGAAGCUCAAGGAAAAAUAUAUAUACCUGGCAUGUAUUAUGCCAGCUGUGCUACAGUUAGCGUUAACGUUCGGCUUGUAUAAUCAGACGGAUCAGACCGAAAAUAUCUUUAGUCUUAUUUCCAAGUUAUAUAUGCAAUAUUUGGAUGCAGGUUUACGUCUGUAAUGUCUGUUUUAUUAUGUGAAUUUACUGAGGCUAUCAUCCUGAUGUCCGCUGCUGUCAAAGACUUUUUAGGGUGAAACUCGUUAAUCCAACUUUGUUCUUGUUAAAGUGGUAACAUCUAGAAAAAUUAUCAUUUAAUGAAACAUUAGAAAUAAAAAUGUCAAGCUGCUGUUAACUAAGAACAGUUUCGCUGACCCUGUGGGUUUGAUGCUUCGCCACCAGAUGAUGAUGAUGAUGCUUAGGCAUUACAUUUAAAUGUGAUGGCGGUUGGGAUGAUUCAAAUUAUGAGUGUUUGGAAAUGUUGAUUUCAGGCCGUUACAUCUGUAAACAGGGAUUUGGGUGGGAGUGAGGGACACUUUGAAUUUGACAUUUUUGGGGUUUUUAAUACAGUAAAUGUUAAAAAUUUAUGAAAGGGAGACAGUCCAGUUCAUGGGAUAAAACAUGAAAGUUUAAACUGAAUGCAGAAGGUGUCGGUUUGAUAUAAACUUUUUUUUUUUUUUUUAAGAUUCAACUGAAAGAAUUCAGGCUGUCAUUCAAAUAAACAGAUUAAAGCUCA